AACAACAGAAACAACAACAAAUUUCACAACAACAACAACAACAAUUUGAUCAUAGUAAAUUUAUGGAUAUGUUUCGUACAAAUCGUUCAAAUGAAAAUAAUAAUAAUAAUAUUGUUGAUUCAAAUCAGAAUAGUAGUUUACCAUAUUCAGUUAAUAAUGAUGAUAAUUUUGAUACAAAAAGUGAUGUUACAAUUGAAGAUUUAUCAUUAAUUAACAAUAAUAAUAAUAGAAAAUCAAUUGAACCAAAACCAACAACAACAAAUAAUAUUGUUGUACGAAUGCGUCGAAAACAACAACAACAACAACAAUCGCCAUCAACAACAACAACAAAUCAAAAUUUUAAAAGAUUUUCAUUACAAUCCAAUUCACAACAACAACAACUACGUAAUUCAACAUCUUGUUCGGAUAAUCUAUCAUCACAAACACAACGUCAACAGCAACAACAGCUUAAUCAACGCGGUGGUGGUGGUUUUCGUUUAAUCACAAAUAUGGAGAAUCGUUCGAAUAUAAAUCAACGAUUAAAUAAUGCGGCUGAACGUCGUCAACAGAUUGAUGAUGCUCGAAGGGUAAGUUUGUUUGAACGAGCACAACGUCAAUUGGAACAAAGUUCAAUGAGAAAUAUUAUACAUGGUGGUGGUGGAAAUGAUUUUAUACCGAAUCGUAUGACAACAUCAGCAUCAUUUGGUGGUGGCGGUGGUCAACGUGGUGGUGGUGUUAGUAAUGAACAACCAUUUUUAUCUGGACAUAGUACAAAUCAAUCGGUUGCAUUUGGUAGUACACAACCAAGAAAUAUUGAUUUAACAAGGCCAUUAGUUACACCAUUAUUAUUACCUGUACGGCCAAAAUCGGAAAUAUUUCCAUCAUCAACAACGGUACCAUUACCAUUUGAAUUAUCAUCAACAAAAACGACAUCUAGUGGUGGCCAAAUAAUAAAAACACAAACAGAUUCGUCACCAUCAACAAAAGAUGAUAAUAAUUAUCGCUCGAAACGAGUUAUAGCUACUGUACAACAACAACAACAAGCUAUAGUGGAUAAUAUGACGCCUCAAUGUUUUGAUAGUUCAUUGCAACGACAACAACAACAACAACAAGUAGCAGCUACGACAAUGAUAGAACCGGUCAUUAUAGCUAAACAACAACAACCAUUACAAGCACCAUUGUUUAGUACAAGUUCAUCAUCAUUAUUAUCACCAUCAUUAUUAACAUCAUCAUCAUCAUCAUUUAUGCGUGCUACAAGACGUCAUGAUCCGGAAUUAAUUCCGGCUAAACAAAAAUAUUUGUUUCGUGAAUAUGGUGCACCAUCAUCAGGACCAGGAGGAUCAUCAGGAACAUCAUGGAAUGGAUUUCGUAAAGAGAAUAGCAUUAUGACAUGUUCGAUGACAUCGACAAAAUCAUUUCAAUCAAAACAUCCAACAACAAUGAUGAGUGGUAAUAAUGGUGGUGUUGGUGGUUUAGCUGGACGGCCAAAAAAAUCUUAUAGUAUGAAUCGUUUGGAUCAAUUGGCACAGCCAAGAAAACGUGUACAGCCAAAAGUUCCAAUGUCAGCAUCAUUUGUUAAAGGUAAAGCUUCUGAAAGUAGUGUUGGAUCAUCAUCAACUCCCACUACAGCAAUGAAUAGAUCAGUAAAUGUAGCUAAUAGCAGCAGCAGCAGCAGCUCAAAACCAACUCCACCACCGAAAACAUUUACAACAUCAACAUCUUCAUCGAAUUUAAGUGGUAGUGCAAAAAAUACUGCAAAAGGAUCUACACCAACAACAACGACAAGAUCGAAUAAAAAACCACGUCCUCUAAGUCAACAAAUUGACACAAUGAAAUUAGAUUCUUCAUCACCUAUAUUUGAAUCACCAUUUCAAAGUGGUGAAUCAAAAGAAGAUAAUAAUAAUGAUGAUAAAUUGGCUGAAUAUAAAAAACAAUUAGCUGAAAAACGUGCUCAAUAUCGUAAAAUGCAGGAACAAAAAUUAAAUCAAAUAACAAAAUCAAUGACAAAAUCAUCAUCAAAUGAUAAUAUGAAUCAAGAAAAUGAUGAUAAUAAUAAUAAAUCGGAUACCACUAAUAGUGGUGGUAAUAGUAGCAAUAAUAAACCGGCUGUUGUAAUACGUCGUCCACGAUCAACAAUAAUAUCAUCAUCAACAGCAGCAGCAGCAAUGGUUUCGAAUAAUCGAGAAAAUCGAUCAUUAGCUGAUGAAUUGGCUGCAGAAAAACAACAACAACAACAACAAACAGAUAUGGAAAUUCCAGCAGUAAUUAUACCAGAAAAAUCAAAAGAACAACAAGAAAACAAUAAAUCAUCAUCAUCAUCUUCAUCAUCAUCGUCGUCAUCGUCUUCAAGUGAUACGUCUUCAUUAGAUCAAGACACUUCCAUUGAUACAACGACGACGACAACAACAACAAUGGUUCAACAACAAAAAGAUGAAUCAAAAAUUGUUGAUACCACUGAUGUUGGUGAACCACAAUCAUUAUUGAUUGAUAUAUCAUCAUCAUCCAAUACUGAUCGAUCAAUUUCAGAAUUGGAACAAUCAGUCAAACAAAUGUCAAUCAAAGAAGAAUCAUCAACAAUGAAAAAAACAUGUGAUGAUUCGGUAAUACAAAAUGGUGGUACCAUUGAUAAAAUGAUUUUACAGCCGAAUAUUAUGAACACAUCGUUUGAUUCAUCAUUGAUGCAUUCAACAUCACCGGCUGGUAUUGCCCAACAACAACAACAACAGCAAAUAUUAUCACCAACAACAACAACAACAACAAAUACUAUAUUAACAUCGGAUAAGAUUGAAGAAAGACAAAAUGAAAUGCUUAAAAAACAUGAAAUGGAACGUAUGAAACGUAAAUCGAGAAUUCAAGAAAUAUUAAAAGGACGAACACGUAAAGAUGAUUCUGGUAGUAAAAGUCCAAAUAAUAAUAAUAAAAAUAAUGAAAAUGAUGAUUCAAUAUCGGCGACAGGAGGAUCAUCGAUUGAAUCACAACAUGGUGGUAAUUGUCAAUUACAAUCAUCAUCAGAUUCAAGCCUUGAAACAACAACAACAUUGAAACCAAUUCCUAAUGGCAAUGGAAACAAUGAUGUUGAUGAUAGUGAUAAUAAUAAUUUAAAAACUAAUGGUCAUAUGAUUAAUACAAAUGGACAUUAUGAUAAUUUAUUAGCAUAUUCUAUUGCCAAAACAAAUGGUAAUGUUAUUCAUCAACAGACUGAACAACAACAACAAUCACAAGAUUCGGAAAAUGCUACUGCUGCUAAUGGUUUUUAAUGAAAAACACUAAAAUAUUUUUAAAUUUGAAUUGGAAAGGAUUACUGGAGCAGAUUGGCUUUUUUCAAAUUAUUUUUUUUUUCUGUAGGUCAUCAUUAUCAUAAUCCCCAUCAUCAUCAUCAUCAUCAUCAUUACAAUCAUUAUCCUUUAUCGUUGGGCUAUUUAAAAAAAAAUACACU